AUGCAGCUCAAACACCUUGUACCAGCCUUCCUGGCUCUGUAUGGUGCCCAAGCUGCUCCAUCAUCAUCCCCCGCGGAGCAAUUGAAUGCUUUUGCCGAACGGGACACGGCUGCAGCAUCAGCGAAUUCAAUCUAUAUCCCCGCUUCAACUCUGCAGACAGACAUUCUCGCUGCCAAAGCAUUGGUCAAUCUGGCUAUUUAUCAAGUCACGAACCCGCCUAAAGGAAGCUGCAACAUUCUCAACGCAGCUGUGCGUCGGGAAUGGUCAACCCUGUCAAAGCAAGAACGACUAGCAUACAUUAAUGCCGAGCUCUGCCUGAUGUCCAAACCUUCGAAAGACCCUUCGUUUGCUGCCGGUGCUAAGACGCGCUACGACGACUUUGUAGCUGUCCACAUCAACCAGACCUUGACCAUCCACGGAACAGCCAACUUCCUCUCGUGGCACAGAUACUUCACCUGGUCAUUCGAGCAAGCGCUGAGAAACGAAUGCGGCUACACCGGUUACCAACCAUACUGGAACUGGGGCAAGUACGCCUUCGACCCCCUCAACAGCCCUCUCUUCGACGGCUCGGACUACAGCAUGUCCGGCAACGGCGCGUACGCACCACACGGAUGCACCGAAGCCAUAACCAGUGACCUCAACUGCAUUCCUCCCGGAUCCGGCGGUGGCUGUGUCACCACUGGCCCAUUCAAGAACUAUGUUGUCAACCUUGGUCCCGUGUCGCCUACGCUCGAUGUCCCUGGCAUCAUCAACUACUCGAAUCCCAACCCUCUCGCGUACAACCCUCGCUGCCUUCGCCGCGAUAUCUCCUCCUGGGUGUCAUCCAACUGGACCAAGGACUCGGACGUCUACGACCUGGUCACCGGCUACACUGACAUUUUAUCCUUCCAGAACCGCAUGCAAGGCGACUUCCCCACCGGCUUCUACGGCGUCCACACUGCCGGUCACUUCACCACUGGUGGCGACCCGGGUGGUGACCUCUUCGCCUCUCCCGGAGAGCCGACUUUCUUCCUCCACCACGCCCAAAUCGACCGCACCUGGUGGAUAUGGCAGAACCAGGACCUCAAGAACCGCCAAAACGCCUUGGCAGGUGGCACCUCGUUGCUCGACCCAACUGGCAGCCCUGCUGGCAAGCUGACCGAUCCCAUCUACCUGGGCAGCUUGGCUUCGACAGUCGAGAUCCAGGAUGUCAUGAGCACGACAGGUGGCCCCUUGUGCUACAUCUACGUAUGA